CAUGUGACAAUCUGGUCCCAUGAUAAGGAAGUAUAAAAGUGUCACACUUUGAGCAGGAUUUUGUGACCUCUCAACGCCAUCGAGUUGUUCUCAUCACAGGGAGUGACCGAAAUUCAGAUCCCACGAAGCAAACAUGAAGCUGCUAGCUGCCCUGGCUAUCUGCUCCUCAUUCUUCCUGGUGACUGCCAAAAACCAGCCUCAACCUUGUUAUGGACCCAAGCUUCUGGAAGGUCAAAUGGUCACCUUCGACCCAAGCAAACACUUUGAGAUGUGGUCCAAGUUCGCCUUUGACGGGAUACAAAAGAGGAUAUGCACCAAAAGUGUGCUGAUGAUGGACAAAGGCGUUAAGAUCUCUGUGUACAAUUUCCUCCUGUACAAAGAGAACAUUAUGUUCCAAUUCUACCCCCAAAAUAAUACAUGUGUGAAGACUCCUCUCCGUGUUCCAUUCCUGCCCAUUGCAAUUCCCCGCAAUGCAACAUUUGUUUCUCAGAUCUACAUCGGAGGCUCCUCUGCUCCAAGAGAGGGGAUACUGGCCAAUGUUUGGAGUGGCGAAAUUAACACUGUGCACUACAUGGCGACGUUCACGGAGGUCGGCUGUCUGCCCGUAUCUGAGGUCAUUUACACCAAGGAGACUGGCUGGGUCACUGAGAUGUUCUAUGACUUAACCACAGGAAUCAGUGAUCCCAAUGUAUUUAUCCCUCCUCCUAAGUGCCUUAAACUGAACAAUUGAGAAUAUUUGUUCUCAGAUCCGGUACAAUUGUAAGAUUAAUCUGACAAUCUGAAAUAAAGAACAACUGUACCCUU